AAAAAUAUAAAAGGUGGUCCCCCAUCCUCCAAAGAGUGUUCUAGGCCACGUAUGACUGGAAAAAUCCUGUUGAGAAGACGAACUCGAUUAGCAACCUCUACUAGAGCUAGCAAAAAUGGAGUCUUUAUUAUCCCUUCUAUUUUAGGAACUGUAAUAUGCACAAACAAAAAAAAAUAACAAAAAAAAAAUAACCCCUCAACUUCCCUUCACAUAAAGUUAGCUUUUUCAAUUCAUUUCACUUCUUUUUUCUGUAAAAAUUGAAACUUUGCCAUGACAGCACUUGCUCAAAUAUCCAUAAAUUUAUCACCCUUAAAACCAAACUUUCUUGGGCUAAAAAUACAGCAACCAAGUUACUGUUACCCUCAUUUAAGUACAAGAAAAGUAUCAGUUUGUAGUAGUUGGAAUAAAUUAGGAGCUUUUAAGGAGAGACCCUUAUCCUCAUUCUUGAAAGGUAAGAGGGGUAAAAAUGGGAUUUUGGUGAAAGAUGAGAGAUGGGGUUGUGAAAAAAGAAUGUUUUUUGUGAAAUUUAAACAAGGUUUUGGAUUUAAUGGGAUUGGUGAUGGUGGUGGUGGUGGUGGUGGUGGGAAGGAUAAUAGUGAGACAGUGAGAGUGUUGAGCAAUCUUGUUUUAGCAAUUGGAUUGACUUAUCUUACUAUGACUGGUCAGCUUGGUUGGGUUUUGGAUGCUAUUGUUUCUGUUUGGCUCCUUGCAGUUCUACUUCCAAUCUUAGGUUUGGGAGCUUUUAUUUGGUGGGCUGGACGAGAUAUAGUUCAAAGCACUUGCCCAAACUGCGGGAAUGAUUUUCAAGUUUUCAGGUCUACUAUGAAUGAUGAGGUUCAACUUUGCCCUUUCUGUACUCAGCCAUUCUCAGUUGUUGAUGAUAAGUUCGUGAGCGACCCGGUAAGGUUUUCCAACCAGUCAACUACAUUUGGUGAAGCAUUCAGUGAUCUCAGUACUCCUUCAAAGAAAGGUAAGGCUUCCUCUAUAGGAGUUGUUGAUAUCGAAGCAGAAGUUAAGGACGUGGAGUAGGCAGCGGUCUCCAGUUAUACAGUAGCAUAUGAAUCAUUGUUAGCAUUGAGGAAGCUGCAGCAGCAGCACUGAAUGGAGAAGACAUGAGAAUCCCUUAUUGGUAUGAAGGGAAGCACUGUUCUUUGUCAUGCAUGGUUGUACACACGAAGAUGAAGUAUAGUCGCGAACACACAGUCAAACAUAUUAUAGAAUGCUGCUGGUUAUGUGAUACCAUUAUACUUGAUUGCAGUUGCCCCAUAGUAUACCAUAGGAUACAAUAGCCUGUAUUCAUUAUUCCCUGGUCAUGUGAAAAACUGGACUGACAUUUGUAAAAGUACUUCUUACUUCUCAUCAAGUGAGGUGUAAUAUAACUCAAUUGUAUAUCAUAGGACCGUAUUUUCUUACUUUAAA